GUAGAGGAGCUUCCAAAAUCGCCUCAGUCAGAACCAGGAAGAAGGUGGGAUAGCCCUGCAAAGCUAACACCCCCGAUCUUUCUGCACACUUUCACCGAAAAAGAAUGGGAUCAUCCAGGUGGAGGGUGGCAGCUGCGGUGUUCCUCAGUCUACUCGGCUCCUUAUUACCUGUCGAAGCAGAUGAACAUAUACAUACAUACACAGAUAAAGAGGAGGUAGUAUUAUGGAUGAACACAGUGGGGCCUUACCACAACCGACAGGAGACCUACAAGUAUUUCUCUUUACCCUUCUGUGUUGGAACAAAGAAAACCAUCAGUCAUUAUCAUGAAACACUUGGAGAAGCGCUGCAGGGAGUGGAGCUGGAAUUUAGCGGUCUUGAUAUCAAGUUCAAAGAUGAAGUUAUGCAGACGACGUUUUGUGAAAUUGAUCUGGACAAAGCCAAACGGGAUGCUUUUGUGUAUGCAAUAAAGAAUCACUACUGGUACCAAAUGUACAUUGAUGACCUGCCCAUUUGGGGGAUUGUUGGAGAGGCAGAUGAAAAUGGAGAAGAUCACUACCUUUGGACGUACAAGAAACUCGAGAUUGGCUUUAACGGCAACAGAAUUGUUGAUGUAAAUCUUACAAGUGAAGGCAAAGUUCGACUCGUGCCCAACACAAGGAUUGCAAUGUCUUACUCUGUGAAAUGGAAGAAGUCGGAUGUGAAAUUUGAGGACAGAUUUGACAAGUACCUCGACCCAUCCUUCUUCCAGCACAGGAUACAUUGGUUCUCUAUUUUUAACUCCUUCAUGAUGGUGAUCUUCUUGGUGGGCCUGGUGUCCAUGAUUUUGAUGAGAACUCUCCGAAAGGAUUAUGCCAGAUACAGCAAAGAGGAGGAAAUGGAUGACAUGGACCGAGACUUGGGAGAUGAAUACGGUUGGAAACAGGUGCAUGGGGAUGUAUUCCGGCCCUCCAGCCAUCCACUGAUUUUCUCCUCACUCAUCGGUUCUGGCUGCCAGAUCUUCUCUGUAUCUCUAAUUGUCAUAAUCGUAGCAAUGGUCGAGGAUCUGUAUACAGAGAGAGGAUCGAUGCUGAGCACAGCCAUUUUUGUGUAUGCGGCCACCUCCCCUGUUAAUGGCUAUUUUGGUGGAAGCUUAUACGCUAAACAAGGAGGAAGAAGAUGGAUCAAGCAAAUGUUCAUCGGGGCCUUUAUGAUCCCAGCAAUGGUUUGCGGAACUGCUUUCUUCAUCAACUUCAUCGCAAUCUACUAUCACGCCUCCAGAGCAAUCCCAUUUGGCACCAUGGUGGCUGUUUGUUGCAUCUGCUUCUUCGUCAUUCUGCCACUAAACCUGGUGGGAACAAUUUUGGGGAGGAAUCUUUCAGGGCAGCCUAACUUCCCAUGCAGGGUGAACGCUGUGCCGAGGCCAAUCCCUGAAAAGAAAUGGUUCAUGGAGCCAGCUGUCAUCGUUUGUCUCGGUGGAAUCCUUCCUUUCGGUUCCAUCUUCAUUGAAAUGUAUUUUAUCUUCACAUCUUUCUGGGCCUAUAAAAUCUACUACGUCUACGGCUUCAUGAUGCUGGUCCUGGUUAUCCUUUGCAUUGUGACGGUGUGCGUCACCAUUGUGUGCACGUACUUCCUGCUCAAUGCCGAGGACUACAGAUGGCAGUGGACAAGCUUCCUGUCUGCUGCGUCCACUGCAGUUUAUGUUUACAUGUACUCUUUUUAUUACUAUUUCUUCAAAACAAAGAUGUACGGGCUGUUCCAGACAUCCUUCUACUUUGGUUACAUGGCCGUGUUCAGCACUGCUCUUGGAAUCAUGUGUGGUGCAGUCGGAUACAUGGGAACAAGUGCCUUUGUGAGGAAGAUAUACACAAAUGUGAAAAUAGACUAAAGCAGCACAGCAAGAUGGAUCAUGGUCAUGGAGUCACCUGCGUGUAUCCUGGAAGACGGCCGGCAGACAACAUCCUGUAGUAGUUUUCUUUCUUGCAAAGAGAUUGUGAGAAUCUCACUUUGUACAAUGUAGUUCUCCAUUUUCUGAAUGAUUUUCAACGCUGCAACAUGAAGUGAUCAGAUCUGUUUUUAUCAGUUGCUUUCAUACGAAUAUCGGGGGCAAAUGUUUAAGGCUUACGUGGCUUCUCUUCCGAACCAGUCCCACCUGAGACCAGACUACAUACAUGUUUAUGGAUGGAAUAGUGUAGCUCUCUUCAGUGAAGAGGCCUAUGUAUAUUGAAAGCCUUUAUUUGUUCUAAUGUGUCAGAAUAACAGAGUUGGCUCUGUGCCCACAUUCUGACUUGAUUUCUAUUUUGUACCAUUAGUGCAUAGUUGAAGUACUUUGUUCCCAUUUAUUUCCACUGCUGUCACUCGAAUCAUCCCCCAUUUUGGCGGCUCCAAUUUCCCUGUUCCGGUCCCUGUCCAUCCAGUGGCAAUGUUCGAGUCCUGCUGUAGUUGACUGUGGAAUCGAAUGAGGGUCAGAUCAGCCGUUGGGGGACAGUAACAGACUUUUAAAUGGCUGUGAUGCUUUCCCCUAGGUUUAGUCUUGUUUAAUGUUUGGCUUUGAAUUACGUCUACAUGUAAAGAUAAUAAUAUAUGUAUGAGGGGAGUGUAUAUAACCUUAAUGUACCUUUAGAUGUAGAUCCCAAAUGUAUUUUCAUUGUACAGAUUUACAAUAGGGUGUUUUUUUAUGAAUCGGCGAAAAACAAAAAUUAUGUUGUUUGGUGCUUGGGGUGGGGGCUGGUGGCGCUACUUCAUCUCGCCUGAAAUUGCAUGAGGAUUUCACCAUACCAGAUAACUCAAAUUGUUUCACCGUUAUGAUCAGCUUCACAAUGGAAUGCAUUGUGGAAGCAGGCUGGUACACUUCGGCUCGCUUAAUUUACUAUUAUUUAAAGCUUUAAAAAAAGGCUUGGCAUCUCGUAAGCCAUUACCCUCGCACACCCUUUUUGUUGCCUAACACGACACGUUCUGUGUGAAUGUCCAAAGGAAUGAGCUUUCUUAUCACAACUACACACAACGCACACUUCGAUGUCUUCAUAACCACACGGAGUGCUGCAAUCUUUCAAAGUCUUUAUUUACCCCCUACAUAUUAUGUAUGUAUAUACAGUAUGUUCCCUACUUGUACUGCCUUCUGAGUUCGUUAUUCCCCACUGAUUUUGGCACCAUGUUGUGUCCCAAUGUCUGAAGAGAUAUUUUCAUCCUGCAUAUUGUAAAAAGACUAAAUAAACACAUGUACAGGGGU